GUAAAGUUGCUGAUAGUGACACCAGCAGGUGCCCCAACAGUAUUCUUCGAACGUUUUGUCUGGGCGGGAAGCAACGGUGGUUGAGAUUCACCAGAUAGUUUGGAAUUUCAGAGAGUAGAAAAUAUUUCACACCUCCAACAAUCAAUGAAUCAGUUUGUAUGGUGCAUUCAAUGAUGAACAACACGUGUUAGUUAAUUAGUUAAACAAAUUGUGUAGUGAUCUGUAAGCGACCGCGAUCUUCGAAAAAGACAUGCAAAAUUCAUCGCACCGUAUUUCGAUAGCAAGAGCCCAUGGAAGCCUUCAUCAACGAAAUGGUUGAGCCCCGAGUAUUGGACCUAAUAGUGCUGAUUCUUCCAAAAUGGAAACUGCUGAUUUACAUCUUUCUAAUGAACGUCAUCAUCUUCUCCCCAAUCUACUUCUUCAGUGUGAUCCUGAUCAAUGGCGGGGAACUGCAACUGAUCUGCCCAUCGGUGAUACUUUUCGGGUUCAAUCUCAUUCAUCGAGCGCUGUUCGUCCGAUAUAAUUUCAACAAUACUCGUUCGAUACUACUGGGGGUCAUCAUCUUGAGCACGGGAAUCUCAACCAGUGGCGUGGUCGCCAUUUACAACGAAGAUGGAGGUAGCUAUCUUCCAGUAGUAUUGCUGUAUGGCUUGGUUGGUGGUUACGGUUACCAUCUAGUUUUCUCCAAAAUGUGGAAGGUUCUGGCGAAAAUUUUCAACGCGAAGAAAGAAAUGUUCGUCAUUAAGUUUCUUCACUCGUUCGGCCAAUCAAUUGCUCCGUUGUUUCUGUUGACAACUUUCUAUUGUCCAUGGAAUGAUUACAUCUACGGAUCUUUGUUAGUUCUAUUUGGAGGGAUCUUGCUGAAUUUGAUUCCCAUCACGAUAUUGAUCGCGAACGAAAAAAAUUUCAUGAAACAAGAUCAAGAUUCUUUCAUCAAAAUCACAGAGAAAGGAAACGAAUCGUUCUACAAUGAUGUGGCGAGAAACUACACGGAUGCUGAGCUCAAUACGUCACAAUCCAGUGACAGGGAAUCCGAGCCAUUGUCCAUCAUGAGUUGGAAGAAUCCAGCUAACUACAGUAUGGAAGAUAGCUUACCGGAUCCACCGGUAGACUUGGAAAGCGACUAUGAUGAGGAUUUGAUCAACCGAGACGGCAAGUACUUCAACUCGGAAGGAGUAGAAAUAUUAGAUAUAAUUAUCGAAGAAGACGAGGAAAACCUAGAGUGUAAUGAAGUAGCACCAGAAAUCACUUCCGGUGAAAAACGCAACGAUAAAAAUCAAUGGGUCCUAUUUAGUAAUUUGUUCAAGUCCGUAAGGAACCUUUACCGUAACAUUUAUCUCCGGCAACAUUUCAAUACGAGAAUUGUCAAGUCUGUACGUUUCGCAUUAUUCGAGUUCAAAUUCUACAGCUGUAUGCUACUGAAAUCCACCGAUCUAUGUGUUUUCGUUUUAUUUCUAACACUAUUACCGAGGUUCGUGUCUUACCAUUACUAUUACCGAGGAAAGUCUCGACAGUUACUGCUGAUGUCGUUUGUCAUUAUUUCAUCAGCUUGGGCAAUGGGUUCGCUGCUGCUUCUGUGGUGUGAAAUAAAGUUUCGCAAACAGCAGGAUAAACUGCUUAUUUUCAGUAUUCUUUUCAAAACAUUUGGUUACUUCUGUGUCUAUUCGACUCGAUCUUGUUUUUGGACCGUGUUCGGGUGUUUUCUCAUAGGCAUUGGUCAUGCCAUAACCUCCGCCUACCAAGAUUUGGUUAUUAAACGCAAGUUCACGUCACGUCAAUGGAGCCUGAUCAAGGGCGCUCUGUGUCUGACGAGUGGACUGCUUGUAAUUAUGAUAGGUAGUUUAACCAAUGUAGCUUAUGUAUACUGUAGGGUGGAAAACGUUUUGCUGUGUGUAUUGUUGAUCAACUGUUUCAGCGGUAGUAUUUGGGUAGUAUGUAAUUUUAACAUUAUAUUUCGCUAAACAUGUCGAA